GUCUUUCCCACGCCUCUUUGUCUAUAUGUAGCUGAGAGUCGACUGGAGAAGAACUCCACAAGAGAACUGAAUGGGUGUAUUCAUAAAACCUUCCUCCCAACGGCACACUGCCUUUUGCACAAAAACAACCAGUGUCUUUAUUUUCUAAAAAUGAACCAAACCCAAAGACCAGACUGAAGACGACCCCACGUUCUUCUUCUCUCACCCCUACAAAAGCCUGAAUCAGCUUGACCACCUGAAGAGCCUUCACACCCCAGCCUCAACCCUCCAUCAUCCUCUGUCCUCUACACACCACCGUCUACCCUCCGUCCUCCGGCAUCCUCCGUCCUCCACCCUCCAACCCUCCACCCGGAUCCAAGAUGGCGGCGGCGGCACUGGUCACGGAGAACUUCAAGUUCGUCUCGCUCUUCUUCAAGAGCAAGGACGUGAUGAUCUUCAACGGGCUGAUCGCGUUGGGCACCGUGGCCAGCCAGACAGCAUACAACGUGUUCGCCUUCAGCUGCCCCUGCUCCCCUGAGAGGAACCACCGCUACGGGCUGGCCGCCAUCGGAGUUCCCGCCCUGGUCUUCUUCCUCCUGGGGGUCAUGAUGAACCGCAGCACCUGGGACCUGCUGUCGGAAUGCCGCCUCAGGCGCUGCCGAAGGCUGGCCGCGGUGUCCGUGUUCGCCGUGACGGGGAACAUCCUGGGCCGCGCGGCCAUCGCCCCGGUCACCUGGGUGGUGAUCUCGCUGCUGCAGGGGGAGGCGUACCUGUGCGCGCUCAGCGAGUUCGUCGACCCGGACACGCUGGAGGAGUUUCCGAAAGAGGGGCGCAACGUCAUCCAGCUGAUGGCCAAGUUCCCUUGCAGAGGAACAGUUCCCAGCGAGCUCCUGCCCUUCUGGGAGGAGAUCGAGCGACGACUGAAGUACGAGUCUCAGCUGCUGGGCUGGCUGAUUGUGGCGGCCAUGGCAGUGGUGGUCUUCCUGAUGCUGUGCGCCAAGCGCUGCUGCUCUCCCUUCGGCUCCCAGCAGGAGGAGUACUGGAGCCGCUUCCACGCCAGCGAGCAGGACCUUUUCAAACGCACGGCGGCCGUGCACGCCAACCUGGUUGCCGCCGAGAACGUCAAGAGCUUCUUCGGCUUCGUGGCGUUGGACGACGAGGAGAAGGCGCAGGUGGAGGAGCACGCCGGAGCCUCCACGCCCGUCCAGAGCGAGGACUGGAACCGCGUGGCGGGGGUCUACCUGUACCGGGAGAACGGCGGGGUGCCGCUGUACAGCCGCUUACACAAGUGGGCUCGGUACCAUGUGGAUAACAACACAGAGGGCAUGGAGAAGCUCAGCUGAUUUAGAUAAAAGCUCACACUCUAUGAUGCGAUCUGACACUUUGUAUGUCCCCCGAUAAGGAGGGGGAGCUGCGAUGGACUGGCGUGCGCACAACCUUCAUACGAGUAGGCUUAGAUUAAAUUUCCACAACCUGGAGUUGUGAUGUAACAAUACAAUGUAAUGUUUCUCAGGUGCAUUUUUUGUAAAAAUGAAAUCAAGGUUAAAAACGAUGCAACCUGUAAACCUCCAUGUUGUGCAUUUUUAUAAAUUCGAUCAGUUAAUUUGGGUUCUG